GCCGGAGUGCAUAACGCCACCGUGUCAAUUUGAGGGCGGAUAUCGGCCAGUCCUCAUCAUCUCCUCCUCAUCCUCUUCCCUCUUCCCUGCACUCUUCCAAUCGGUUUCCAUCAGUCUUCAUGGUUCUGAUCUCACCCCACGCCAUGCAACCCACCCGGGCGUCCACCACAGUCAGUGUGUUCGCGGACUGCAGCAUCCCGGCCGGGCUUCGGAUAGGACCGGUACCGGGCAUCUUCAAACUCGGGAAGUACGUGUCAGACCGAAAGGAAGUAGGACCCAAGAAGAAGGUUCGCUUAGUAAGGGGAGAGUUCGUGGACGAAUCGGGCUGUCCCGUGCCAGACUGGAUCGGAUUCAUCCGCGCAGCCAGGAACAGUCAGGAGCAGAACCUCGAGGCAGUGUCAGACCUACCUGGCGGACAGAUUUUCUAUCGCGUACUGAAAGAAAUCCCCGCCGGAGAGGAGCUCAGUGUUUGGUACUCCAAUGCUCUGGCCCAGUGGUACGACAUCCCGACAACGGCCACACCCACGCACGACGAGAAAGGUGAGGAGCGUUACAUCUGCUGGUACUGCUGGAGAAUAUUCAAAUACCCGAACACACUCAAGGCGCACGUACACUUUCACUGCGCCCUGAGCAACGGGCGGGGGUUUGUGAACAGCGAGCAGGCCAGAGGCACGGAGACCUUCAGCAGGUCACCAAAGUCAGGAGACAUCCCCAACACCUCCAUCUCUCCGAGGAGCGGUCACAGUAACACUUCCAUCUCAGACUCUGGCAGGCGGGCAGUGGCCUCCUCCCCUUUUCUAAAUAAGGUGGGACUGUCAAAGAAAAGCAGCUCAGAGGAGCAGGACAGGGCGCUCGACAUGAGCGUCACCUCAGCCAGACACCAAGGACAUAUCCUCGGACUCGGGGCCACAUCUUCAGUGCUGAGCAGCAUGGGCUUCCACCCGGGCGUGCGCUCUGCCUUCAAACCCACGGGAGUGUCCAAAGUCCAGAGCACAGAUGCGCCAAGGGAUGACGUGAAGCUGAGCGGCCUGGGUUUCAACAAACUCAUUGGAAACAUGAAACCAAUCCGCAAUGUAGGCGAGACUCUCAACGGAGGGGGGAACCACCCUUCUAAGUGCGCACCUGCAAUUAUGGACUCCGCAUCUCCAAUGGUGCCAUGCACAAACAAUAUCCGAAGUUUUCCGUUGUUGCCUCACAUGGAGGAGACUUCAGCUUUUAAGCACGUGGAGAGCAGGAUGCACUCCGGCCUGUCCCCCUCCCGCUACCCCCAGAUGCCCCCUGGAAUCCACUUUGAGAGGUUCUCUCUGCCUCACUUCGACGGUGUAAAGACAUAUGGAGGAGACUGUAACAUCCCGCUCAUGCCCUUCACUGUUUACAACGGGGAGCUUCUGUACAGCUCCCCUUAUUACCCGCUGAAAUUCCACUUCAGCAAUUUGCUCAAAUACCCCGAGUCUAUGUCCUACUUCGGUGCACCCCCACUAAGCCAAGACCUGGGCUCUAUCACCAACAUCGACCGAGAGAUCGCCAUGCACACGCAACAGCUGUCUGAGAUCGCAGCUGAGAAGAACCGAACCAGGCUGGACUCCAUGCCCGCCGGGAGCGCCACCAACGCAGGGUCCGGAAAGCCCAAAAAGGGACACCUGUGUCUGUACUGCGGCAAGCUGUACUCCAGGAAAUACGGCCUGAAAAUCCACAUGAGGACUCACACAGGGUAUAAGCCUCUCAAAUGCAAAGUGUGCUUCAGGCCGUUCGGGGACCCCAGCAACCUGAACAAACACAUCCGGCUCCACGCGGAGGGAAACACACCCUACAGGUGCGACUUCUGUGGAAAGGUGCUGGUGCGGAGGCGGGACCUGGAGAGGCACGUCAAGUCCCGGCAUCCCGGGCAGACCGUCAAGAAACUAGAGGACAAAACGGGAGGCCUGUUCGAGGACGCAGAACACAAGAGCGACAAUGACAGUGAUGUGGACGUGUGCUUCACCGACGACCAGAGUGACCAAGAGUCGAGCAAAAACAAUGACUGAUACAAACACACGUUUUAUUGACUUACAGUUAUGUACAAUACACGGCAUUCAAGCUUCUAUUUUGUUAAUUUUAGACAAUGAUCUAUGUCUCUACCACAUCACACGAAAUGUCCAAAAAUGUUUAUAAUUCGCUGGUGGUCGGAAGAGGAAUUAUAUAUCUCUCAAAAACUUAAACAAUGUUUCCUUAAAGGGAAUCUGUAAAGUCUGAGUUUUGACACGUUUUUUAAAAAGUGCUAAAAAAAACCAAAAAGCAACUAGUGGUGCUUUUUUUGAUUUGUUUCAACCACGAAACGUAUUCGGAUAUUUCUAAAAGUCCGGACAGUUCUACACUACCAUUAAAAUAGGCUAACUGCACAAAAAACAGGAACAAUGAUUCAGGAUCAGAAAACCCGUCUUGACUGAACACGAGACCAUAUGACCCUUUAGUUAAAUAUAAAUAUAUUUUUCUACAGUGUAAGAAGGGUCACCGUUUUGUUAAAUGUCUAAUGUUUCACAUACGCUUCUUAAAUAAAAGGCCCAAUUAAAAUAGAGCACUAUAUUCCAUCAGACUGAAUAUGGAUAGGCAUACAUAUUUGGAAAAUUAUGAGCUGAGAAAACAAGAUCAAAUUCUUAAAAAGAAAAAUCUUUAUUGUGAAUAAAACGGGCAAAAAAAAAUCACAACAUUCCCUUUCCUCCCUUUCAACUGUCAGUUGCACUUUAAAACAGCAAUGGGAACUUCAAUGCAGCCAAACAGAUCGUUCUCGGAUUCCCCGCGCCUCAUCCAUUUACUAGCCGACUUCAAUUUGCACUUUCUUGCGGAGGCGCGCUGUUCUUAAAGAAGCAGCCAGCGGCAGCGCCCACUUUAUUUAAGGAAUUUUUCUAGUGACCGAAAAUGGGUUGAUUGCAGUUAUAGUCUAUGUACAGAAGUGUAAAGUAUGAUAUUUCACAUUUCAGUCGAGAAGUGUUGUAUACGUUUGUUUAUAAGUGAUACCGUCUAUGAGCACAUUAUUUUACUCCUGUCAUUUAAGUCGUUGUUUUUGAAUAAAUUUAAUUUAAAGUAUGAAACAA